UACGCCAGCGUCAACCUCCUGCGCGCGAAAGGAAGAGUAGAACAAAAUGGGUAAAUGCAAGUUUAACGUGAUUUGGCUCGAUGAUGUGAGGUAUAAAGAAUGGUUAGCUGGUGCCAGCAACGAGUUUGAGGCAACAUGCAAGAUGUGCCAAAAAACAUAUAAACUUGGGACAAUGGGAAUUAAGGCGGUGGAGUCUCACAUGAAAUCAGAAAAGCACAGAUGCUACGUCGAGAUUCGAAAAAGCACGGUUCCAAUGGAGUCAUACAUGUUUGCGCCUACUACUAGUACAUCAACUCCUGCUGGAUCACAGACUUGUAAUGUUGGACUGAAUCAUGAGGUCCAGCCAAGUGUUUCGUCGUGUUUUUCACCGGCCGGUACUCUGAGGGCUGAAGUGUUAUGGGUUCUGCAUACUGUAAUGUGAUUGCACAGCAGUUUGAGACAUUCCUCUUUAAUGAUGCCAGAGCAGAAAGCUUCAAGAACUUCAGUCCCACAGAAGCAAACUCCAGAGUUGACAACUUUUUACAUCAGCACAUGAGCACCUCAUCCCCUGAGCUCUGGAGUUUUAUGAAGAAGCUCCUGAUGCUCUCCCAUAGCCAAGCAACAGUAGAGCAUGGGUUCUCUGUCAACAAAGACGUAGAAACAUGUAACAUGGAUGAAGAAACAGUUGUUGCCCAAAGACUUGUCUGUGACUAUGUGAGAGUGUAUGGUGAAGUGACCCAGGUACCUCUGGCAAAAGAGUUGCUAAACUAUUGUGCAACUGCACGGACCAGAUACAGAAUGCACCUUGAUGAGGAAAAAAGGAAAAAGGCAAAGGAUGAGGAGAUCACCAAAAGAAAAGCUGCUGGAGAUGAACUUGAAGCUCUGUGGAAGAAAAGAAGAACCAUCCAAAGUGUAUGUGAAACCCUAGAGAAAGAUGCAGACAGCUUUGCCGAAAAAGCUGACAGUAUGGCAGGGACGAAGAUGGCAGAACUGAUUACAAAGUCUAACACACUAAGAAGGCGCUACAAGGAAAAGAGAGAGGAGCUAGAUGAAUUGGAUAAGGAAAUUCAGAGAAGGGCUUCUGAGCUACGAACAAUAUAAUGCUGAGAUGUAUCAGUUUUCAAACAAUAUAAUGCUCAGUUGAAUCAGUUUUCAAACAAUAUAUUGCUGAGUUGAAUCAGUUUUCGAAUAAUAUAUUGUUGAGUUGAAUCAGUUUUUGAACAAUAUAAUGCUGAGAUGUAUCAGUUUUUAUGUUGCUUUGUUGAAUAAAAAUGUUACAUAUGUUAAAACUGUGUUAAUGGCUGUUUGUUCUGCUGUGCAAAAACUGUAUUAAUUUUUCUUGGUUUGGGUCUUAAAAAGUCUUAAAUAUGAUUUUACAAAGUGUGCAGCAACCCUGGGACAAAGUAGUUGUUCCAUAGUACUUUGGCAACUGUU